CUUGGAGAAAGCAUGCACAGCGGUUCGUGUCAAUCACUUACUGUAUCGUUCCUUUCCUUGCUUGAUCGCUGACACUGACAAUUAACGCGUUUUUAUCAACGUUGCCUACCAUGGAAUCAGACCAGUCAUUUGUCCGAACUCCGACGCUGACGGUACUAGGACUGGACCUGAACUUGAUGUUAUUUAAAGCCAGUCCAGUGGUUUAACGUUGCAUCACGGAUCCCUCGGGUGAACACUUGCUGUCACUCAACUCCACAUGGUGUUAUUUUUUGUGGCAGGCCUCUUACAGAACCUUGCAAGUGCGCAGAUAUCCGUGAUCAGCGAGCGACUGGCCCAGGGUGCAGUGCAUAGAUGGGAGUAUGGAGCACGCGCCGAGGCCCUCCUGGAGCUGAAUGCGCCGACAUACUCUGUCGUGUCUUUCAACGUCGUUCUGCCUCCCCACAGUAUCCCAUCCAAUAUAACAAGUGCGCUUGGCGAAGUGUUCACGAUCGCGCAUAAUAUCGUCGUCGCCCGAAGCUUGUCCAAUAUCACUGGCCCCCAGCCCCUGAUUGCUGAUACGAGUGCAGGAGAUCCAGCAAGUAUUGGAGUUUCCGUGUUACUUGCUAACUGGACGGGACAGGGGGCGCUAGAUGGACUAGACUAUGCAGGGGCGGCACAGGACCAACUCCACUACCUAUUCCAAAACGUAUCCAAGACCAAAGAUGGUGCUUUUUCUCGCAGAGUGGACCAAUUGCAACUUUGGAGUGAUUGUGUGUACAUGGUUCCUCCGUUUUUGGCGUAUUAUGGUGUCCUGACGCAAAAUCAGACCAUUCUGGGUGAGGCAUACACACAGAUCCGCUUGUACCGAAAGUAUCUUCGAGACACGGCAGCCAGUAAUUUAUGGAAGCAUAUACAACUUGGUAAUGCAUGGGCGACGGCAGGCAUGAUACGGAGUCAACAGAACGACCUUGCACAUUGGGUGCAUGAGAUUCACGGAGCGAUGUAUUCCCACAUUAACUCCAACGGAUUGUUCUACAAUUACGCUGAUAAUAACACCACGUUCUAUGAUGCCUCAUCGACUGUUACAUCAUCCACCGCACUUGCCGGAACGGGCACAACCGUAUCUGGCCUGCUCCACUUUACGCCGGAAGGAUGGCUUACACCUGUAGUGAAUCCAUACUCUUAUGGCGUGCAAGGCUCCGACAGCCCAGAGGCACAAGCGUUCAUCCUUGAGCUGCAGGCUGCAUGGCGUGACUGGGUAGCAGACGGGGCGCAUGGUACAAAUAGCGCCCGUGAAGCUCGGCCUCAUGUCUUGAUGAUAGGAGUUAUACUGCCAGUCUUGCACUGGUUAAUGAUCGUCAUCACCUAGUUAAGGUUUCGUUUAGACCAUCUAUUGCCCGUUUAUCGACACU